AUGAAUCUCAAAAAGGAAACAUUUCGAGUCAGCAGUCUCCGCCGCAUAUUGAGCGUUAAUGAGCAAUUUUUGGUUACCUAUGCUGUUCCUCGUUGUACGAGGGCUUGGGGGCUCAGCCUGAGAGUCAAAGCCCUCGUACAACGAGCUACGAACCGUUUGAGUCAGCAAUCUCCGCCGAUGAUUGGCUGUUAUGACAUGUAUGUAGCUCAUCGUACGAGGUCUCGGCACCAAGUUGACCUUCAAGCCGCCCAACCUCGCUCAAAUCAGAACUCUUCCAUCAAACCUGAUAUCAAAGGUUUCCACAACCGUCUCAGCGCCUCUCCAGAAAACUUUAUCAUGGCCAUGGCUCUUCGCGCUUUAGUGUUAGAAGAUGAUUUACAUGUAUUCUUACAAGUGGCUGGAGGAAAUGUACGCCUACCCUUGGUGACCACGACUCAACUUGUAGAAAUCCUCGCUGUGUUUCAUCCUGGUCUUCGUCUGGGCAGGCGGCUCUCUAGAACAACGGCCGUGCGCCUCUUCGACUUAUUAGUUCGACCUUUCAUUGAACACAUGGAAAGUUUCGACGAAGAGACCAACAUAAUGUCUUAUUGGGAGGUACCUCUUUGA